AUGCGGAUCCCGGUCGUGUUUACCUUUUCCCUGUUUUCCGCCGCGCUGCUGUCGCUCUGUGAUGAAUGCACCUUACAGGACGCCGCUGUCAGAGUGCCUGACAGGUCUACUGUCACACUGUCAGAGGCGAUGAUCCUCAAUCGCAGAGCUCACACCACACUCGGCCCAGACACGUCGUCUCACACCCCCUCAACAUCCCCCUCCAACCCUGCACUCCCCCACAUCCCCCCUUCCCCAGUCUUCUCUCUCCUCAAAGUCACUCAGUCUGACCUGGCUCAUUAG